AUGCCCAAUCAGAGUAAAGAUUUUCAACAAGAUCUUUUAUUGCCAGGACAUCAUAUUCCUACUAAGACCCAAGAAGAUUCACCAACUGGUGUACAACACCAGUCCACAAGAUUCUUACCUGGCCAGCAUCAUGUCUCCUCUGACAUUCUAAACACUAGUCUUCAUUUCAGACAAGAUGAAUCUGUGCUACAGAGGUACAACACCAGUUAUGUGUUAUCGCCACAAAAUCUGAUGACUGGCUUGCUGGAUUCUGGUAGCCUUGCGGGUCCUCUCUCGGUAGAAGCGUCUGUUUCACUCUCCGAGGCAGAAGAUCAUGCGAGCAAUAGAUGCUCUACAACUCAUGAGACUUCUACCACAGGUGGAAACUGUGUGUCCUUCCAGACUGGAGACCCACAACAGCAAUUUGCUACAUACGAGACUCUUACUGAUCUGACUCCAAGACCAAUUCAAGCUGAGGACCUCCAGAGCCAUCAUCCGCUCGAGAAUCCUGCCAGCAUUCUACCUGAUGAUAUGGAGACAGGCAAUGAUUCAAGCAGCAAUGAACUGGAUGAAAAUGGAAAGGAAUCUGAAUUAAAAGGUGGUUCUGGUUUCCAGCCUCCUAUCUGCAGUUCCAGUGCAUUCUCCUUAAUGAUGGCAGACUCUGAACAUAACCCAUCCACUAGUGGCUACAGCAGUGAGCAGCCAGCUAAAGCCAAAACUCAAAAGGAAUUAAUGAAAAUACUGAGGGAGCUUCGCUCCUAUCUCCCUCCUGAAAAGAAGUUUCGGGGAAAGUUCAGCACUGCUGCCUCUCUCAGCUAUGCUUUGCAUUGCAUCCAGCAGGUGAAAGCCAAUGAAGACUAUUACCAGCUUUUAAUGAUUAAUGAUGAUCAGCCAUGUGGGCAGGAUCUCUCAUGCUACACAGUGGAAGAGAUUGCAAAUAUUACCUCUGAGUACACCAAGAACAACUUGGACGUAUUUGCUGUGGCGGUGUCCUUGGUAACCGGACGGAUCCUCUAUAUUUCG